AGGCACGUGAUGCGUACUACGGUGGCGACCCUUUGACUUUUGAUGACUUGUUUGAUAGCUUUUGAUGACUUGUUUGAUAGAGCAGAAGACUAGAGGUCAUGUUGUGAGCUUUGUUAACUUCCAGUAAUGAACUAUGAAAUUGGGAGGCGAUUAAAUUGGUUUCUUGGUAUCUAACAAUAUGAUAUUCAGCAUGCUGGAUCAAUUUUCUUUCAUCUGUAUCUAUUGUUAUCAACUAGAUUACAUAUGGUUUUAGUACUUGGUUAUUAUGAAUGGAUGAUAAUUUAUAAUGUUUGUUUGGUUACAAUACAUGUUCAAUAUAUAAGACUAAUGAUUGCAUAAAUACAGUUAUAUAACUCAUUUAUACGUAAGGCUUAUGCCUUAUGCCUCAAGGCGAACGCCUUACUGAGGCUCUCCUGGCAACGCCUCGGCUACGCCUUAGCCUUUUAAAACAUUGACUAUUAAGCAUCAAUAAGAAGCUCUGAACAUAAACCCCCAAUUCCAAAACCACUGUGGGGUUUUGGCAUCAUCGUCCCAGAAACAAAAAUCCUCACUUCAUUUUCUGAGCAACCCAACAAAACCAUUUCGAUUUUGCAAACUUGAGCUUCAUAAAAAUGCAAUCUUUAAGUGCGGGACUGCAGUUUCUCCAUAGGCAAAGCUCAAAGAUGGCUCAUUUCAGUCCAAUCGGAGCAAACCCAUUUCGCGGCGGUGCUGGGUUUAGCGGCUCCAUAGCUUCCAAUGGAGUUGGGUCUCUCUCCAAGUGUUCUUAUCAUUCAUGGCCUGCAUUCGCCAAAACGGGCUCUCAAACUGAGACAUUGACGUGCUCAAGUAGUGCCUUGCUAAUUAGGAGUCCUCAACCAGGCUUGCUUCAAUGGGCAGCAGUUUCACCACCUUUCCCCAGCAGAUGCAUAACAACAGUGGGUAAUACGGUUGAAUCAGCAACUCAAGAUUCAACAACUGAGCUUGAUGCACCUCCCCGCAUCAAAUUUAAGAGGCUUGAUAAAACUGCCAAGCACAUAAUGCAGAUUCUAGAUAAGGAAGCUGUAGGGGAAGUGAGGGGGCAGAGAGAAAUACCUGACAUAAAGCCUGGUUAUAUCGUGCAACUCAGAGUGGAAGUACCCGACAACAAGCGGCGUGUUUCAGUCUUGAAAGGCAUUGUGAUAGCAAGACGUAAUGCUGGUUUAAACUCUACAUUCAGAAUCAGGAGGCUAGUUGCUGGAGUCGGGGUUGAAUCUCUCUUUCCAUUGUAUUCGCCUAACAUAAAGGAGAUAAAGAUACUGGACAAGAAGAAAGUGCGGAGGGCCAAGCUUUACUAUCUCAGGGACAAAAUGAAUGCUCUCAAGAAGCAAUAGUGAUCCAUUUGCCUAGUGAGAUAGAAAUGAUGUUCCCUAUGAUAUCCAUGUAUGACUUGGGUCCGAAACUAUUUUUUAUUUCUCGGCUUUGAGCAUGUUAGAUCUUUGAAUCUUUUGCAAGUCUUUGAGAUUUCUGGAAGAUGCGAGGGUAAAUGAAAUGCCAGGCAAAAAUUUUACACUUAAUGAAACUGUGCACUGAGCUUGAAGAAUAUUAUCAAAUUGGCAUAAAUGUGAUUUGGUACAAUGAGUUUUCUUUUCU